AUCGCCAUCGUCGGUGGCGGCCCCGGAGGCCUCGCCCUGCUUCUGACGCUCUCCAAGCGCGGCAUCCCCGCGACGCUGUACGAGCGCGAGGCCGACAAGGACUCCCGCGCCUUCCUCGGCGGGAUCCUCGACCUCGAGUGGGAGACCGGCCAGCGCGCGCUGCGCGAGAACGGCAUGGAAGACGCCUUCCGGAAGUUUGCGCGGCGCGAGGCCGAGGAGACGAGGCUCUGCGGCAAAGACGGCGUCCCCUUCUUCCACGAGGGCGGCUCCGAGCCGGCCGACGGAGACUUGAAGCACGCGCGUCCUGAGAUCGACCGUCGGGUGCUGCGCGAGAUGCUGCUCGACGCGGUGCCCCCGGACGCGAUCAAGUGGGGCCACGCGCUCACCGCCAUCCGCCCGCUCGAGGACGGCCAGCACGAGCUUACGUUCGCCCACGGACUUGUGACCGUCGUGGACGUCGUCGUUGGCGCAGACGGUGCGCGUUCCCGCAUCCGGCCCCUCCUCUCCUCGGCCGUCCCGCUCUACCACGGCGUCAGCGGCGCAGAGAUCUCCUUCCCGCCCGCGGUCGCCGCCCUCCCCGAGAACCGCGAGAUCAGCGAGCGCGUCGGGCGGGGCAGCUGCUACCUCAUCGAGGACGCGAAGGUGAUGGGCUUCCAGCGCAACGGCGACGGGCGCAUCCGCGCGUACGCGUGGCACCGCGAGGGCGAGGACUGGACGCUGCCGCGCGACCCGAAGGCGGCGAAGACGGUCCUGCACGGCAUCUACGCGGGCUGGGCGCCGUGGGUGCACGACUUCAUCGAGCGGAGUGACGAGCGGGCGAUCUACCUGCGGCCGCUGUACUACCUCCCCGUUGGGCACCGCUGGGACCACAAGUCUGGGGUCACGCUCAUCGGCGACGCUGCUCACCUGAUGAGCCCGUACGCGGGUGCGGGCGCGAAUCUGGCCAUGCGGGACGGGCUGGACCUC